CUCUCCCUGGAGGUGCUAGCGAGGUGCUACAGUACUAGGGCUAGCUGAAGAUGACACACUCAGGCUCGGGACCGCAGGACAUUAAACGCUGAACAGUCUUUCAGAUCGAUGUCGUGCUGCCUUAAAUGUUUGGACUGGAGCGGCGGCACGGAGCCCGGAGCAGGAACUUCACAGUCAGAGGCUGACGCCGUGCAGAGGGUGGACUAUGGGCUCUGCUUCCUCCUCUUAUCGGGUCAUCUACCUGGACGUGGAUGGCAGGAUCCAGAAGGGAGCAUGUCUGCUGCGUGCCUGCUGCGGAACUGCUACAUGAAGUUUAUGGUGGUCUUCAGUAGAUUCUGCAGCCCGUAUGACAUUAAGGAACUGUUCUGUACAGCACUGGGUGUGCCAAGGAACACUAAUCUUUCCUUGCUGGAUGCCUCUGGAGCCAUGGUGUCCAUCGACCCCACCAUGCCACACAACACAGAGAGGUCACCGUACCGAGUUUUGCCUAUGACUGGAGGACAGUUUGCCGAUAAAGAGGAACUCUUUCAGAAUGUACUGACGCAAGUAGCUGAACAGUUUUCAAGGGCGUUCAAGAUCAAUGAGCUGAAAACUGAGGUCACCAACCGUCUUGCCAUGUUGGAGAAGAGAGUAGAAUUGGAGGGCAUGAAGGUGGUGGAGAUUGAGAAAUGUCGCAAAGACAUCAAGAAACUCCGUGAAGAGAUGGCAUCAAGACACAACAGUAACUUCCUGGAAGACAAUAAGAAGCUGACUCCUCGUAGAGAUGUGCCCUCCUAUCCCAAGUACAUGCUGUCACAACAGACCAUAGACGCCCUCAAAAAACCCUACUUUGACGUCUGGCUGUGGGAGGCCAAUGAGAUGCUGAGCUGUCUGGAACAUAUGUACCAUGACCUUGGCUUGGUUAAAGACUUCAAUAUUAACCCCAUCACACUCAAGAGAUGGCUGUUAUGCAUUCAUGACAACUAUAGGAAUAACGCCUUCCACAAUUUCCGUCACUGUUUCUGUGUCACCCAGAUGAUGUACAGCAUGAUCUGCCUCUGCAGCUUACAGGAGAAGUUCACACAGGUGGAUAUUUUGAUUCUCAUGACAGCUGCUGUGUGUCAUGACCUCGAUCACCCCGGAUUCAACAACACGUACCAGAUCAAUGCCAGAACAGAGUUAGCAGUUCGCUACAAUGACAUCUCCCCUCUGGAAAAUCACCACUGUGCUGUAGCUUUCCAGAUCUUCGCUCAGUCUGAUUGCAACAUCUUUUCCAACUUCGACUCAGAGGCAUUCAAACAGAUACGACAGGGAACCAUCACACUGAUCCUGGCCACAGACAUGGCGCGUCAUGGUGAGAUCCUUGAUUCCUUCAAGCAGAAAGUCGACAACUUUGACUACUCAGAUGAGGAGCACGUCACCUGUCUGAAGAUGGUGCUUAUCAAAUGCUGCGACAUCUCCAAUGAGGUGCGGCCCAUGGAGGUGGCUGAGCCAUGGGUUGACUGCCUGUUGGAGGAGUACUUCAUGCAGAGUGACAGGGAGAAGGCUGAAGGGCUUCCUGUUGCUCCAUUCAUGGACAGAGAAAAGGUCACCAAACCAACAGCUCAGAUUGGAUUCAUCAAGUUUGUCCUCCUCCCCAUGUUUGAGACUGUUAUGAAGCUGUUCCCACAGAUCGAGGAGGCAAUGGUGCAGCCACUCAGAGAGUCUAGGGACCGAUAUGAAGAACUCAAACAGAUUGAUGAUGCCAUGAAUGAGGUGCAGAAAAAAAAAAGUGAGAACUUGACCAUGGGAGGGAAGAAGAAGUAAACAUUUUUGAAAGGGUAGGAAAGAACUCUGGCCGUACUUCCUCCAUCCAUCUAUCCAUCAAUCGAACUAUGCAUACAUCUAUCUUGGGCCAUAGAUGGAUGCAUAGUUGGAUUCACCUACCCAGCCUACUAUCUCCCUACAUCCCACCUAUCCAUCAAUCCACUUCACUUCCUCAUGAUGUCACAUAGUUUUGUCAGUGUUGGGAUCAGAGAGGCUAACUUAAAGGAACACGUUAUGGGGAGAUUUCUUGAUGAAUCCAAUCUGUGUUUCAGAACCAGUGAGACUAGAGCAUGGGAAUGAAGCAAUGUGACAUAAAGUGGAGUCAUCAGACACAUUGGUUCAUUAUGGCCCAUCACUCUGUCCUGUCCUCACUUGAGCCAGCUGAAGAGCAGUGGACCACCAGGAUGUAAUCUGGGAAAAUUGGGUAGAUUUCAAUGAGUCACAGUAAAACUGAAUUGAGUAGAUCUGUGAGAGCAGCUCUUAGACAGCGUUACAAGCUAGUGAUGAAUUUAAGUGCAAGAUGGACAAUCCAAAGCCUUUUUCAGGGAGUCAACAUUUGUACAGCACAGACUAUUUCAGUGAAAAAUAUUUAGAUAUGUAUCUUGCAUUGUUUUCUUUAUUUGAAAUUACUUGUUUUGUAAAGAUUGUACAGAUUUUCAAGGCUAUUUGUUCUUUGCUACAAAAAAUAAAGGUAUUACUUUAAUUACAAA